AUGAUUAAGUUGGAUAUACGCAAAGCUUUUGACACUUUAAGCUGGGAGUUUAUCUUGAGGAUACUAAGGGCUAUAGGGCUACCGAUGAUGUUUGUCAACUGGGUCAAAAUGUGCAUCACUACCCCUAAAUUCUCCAUAUCACUGAAUGGUGAAUUAGCGGGGUAUUUCAAAGGCAGACGUGGAUUGCGACAGGGUGAUCCACUAUCACCCUAUCUUUUUAUAUUGUCCAUGGAAGUGUUAUCUCGCAUGCUAGACCGAGGGGCUGCAAGCAAGCUCUUUAAGCUCCACCCCCGAUGCCAAAUUCCCGUCAUCACUCACCUCUCCUUUGCUGAUGACGUCAUGAUCUUCUCAAAUGCUGACAUAAGUUCUGUCCUGCAAAUUAAACGAAUCCUGAGCAGCUUUAGUGAGUACUCGGGCUUGCAUAUAAAUCCUUUGAAGUCUGAAAUAUUCAUGGGUGGUGUUGGAGAAGAAGAGAAAAGCCAGAUCUCCGCAAACUUAGGGUUGAAUCUGGGAUCUCUCCCAGUCAGAUACUUGGGUGUACCUCUAAGCUAUUCCAGACUCUCCAAACGGGACUACAAGCCGCUGAUUGACAAAAUCAAAAGUAAGAUCGAGCAUUGGGCAAACAAGAGCCUUUCAUAUGCUGGGAAGAUUAAGCUCAUAUCUUCUGUUGUAUAUGGACUCAUCAACUCAUGGAGCAUGAUCUUUCUGCUACCGAAAUUUGUGUUGAAGCAAGUCGAUAGCUUAUGUUCUAAUUUUCUCUGGAAGUCCAACUCGUUGGGAAGGUCACGAGCCAGAAUUGCAUGGGAAACUGUUUGUCUACCCAAAGAGGAAGGGGUGAAAAUUGGAGAUGGCAAAUCUACCCUUUUCUGGUAUAACUGGACCUCUCACGGUCCCUUGAUUGAGUUUGUCGGGGAACUUGGGCCCCGUCUCUUGAGGUUGAACAGAUAUGCGACGGUUGCCGAUGCUGUGUCUGCUGGAAAUUGGUCACUUCCCCCGGCUAGAUCGGACAGCAUACAGGAGCUUCUUAUCUCGCUGGCGGAAGUCCGACCCCCAUCGGCAGAAGCUGGGGACGAAAGUUUGUUGUGGAAACAUGAAGCUCACGACUUCAAACGCUUCUUCUCGUCUGCCAAAACGUGGAAGCAGAUCCGUCAAUCAAAACCGAGGGUUGAGUGGCAUUCAUUGGUAUGGUGUCGUGGGUCUGUACCUAGGUAUGCAUUCUUACUUUGGCAGACCAUGCAGCAGCGACUCCCUACUAGGGAUCGAUUGCGUCGAUGGGGUCUACAAACGGAUGACAAGUGCGUGUUAUGUGGAGUAGAGGAGGAAUCCCACCACCACCUUUUCUUCGAGUGCUCUUAUAGUGCCAAUCUAUGGCUCUAUUUUGCUUCUUGCUGUUGGAGUUCGCCGCCGGAUAAUCUAUACGACUGUCAUUCUUGGAUUACUCAGGCUGGAAAUGACAGGGGCAAAAACAGGGAAAUUCUCUCGAAACUGAUCCUACAAGUGACGGUACAUCUGCUGUGGAAUGAGCGUAACAACAGGAUAUUUUGGAACAUAACGAAGCCGAUAGAUAUAUUGCGUAGGCGCUUGGAUAAGACGAUGCGGAACUUACUACUCUCGAUGAAGGAGAGGAGGGCUACAGACAACAAUUUUCUGCUGGAGCAUUGGUAUUUCCUAACUGAUCGUUUGAGAAUGUUGCUACGAGCAGUCAUAGUUAAGGACUGGAUGUAA